AAUGAGGCGCGUCGUGGGCGGGGCCUCCCCCCUCCCUCCCGAGUGAUGACGAAGGGAGCCGAAGGGAAAAUCGCUCCCCAUCGCGGCAAAAGCAGAGACACUCGGCGCGCCCAGCAUCCUCGCUGAACAGGAGGAAGCGUGUUAACCAGUUACAAUGGUGGGCGAAGACAAUAUAUCUGUAAGGAAUCGUCGAUCAGCAUACGGCACUCCGGAAGAGAAAAAUGACUUGCCGCGGAGGCUAGAAGGAGACUGGUCGCACUCUACCUCAAGCAACGGUCGAAUUGAUGUUGACCAUACCAUGAGGAGGAUGCAACUUUUAACAGAAGCUGAGAAGUUGAAGCCAGCCUUUAUGAAGGGUCUCGACAGCCACUUCACAGAAUUUGUCAAUGGCUUGGUUGCAAAGUCAGUGCUGCUGGAGUCUUCCCCGUCCGCCUUCCCAGCUGCGCGUACUGAGAAAGACAGCUUCAAAACUAAGGGAUCAAGAGCGCCUCCAGAACAUGGAAAAGUUUUUGUUGCUAGGAGGUCCCUCUUGGAUGAGCUGUUUGAAGUGGAUCACAUCCAGACCAUCUAUCACAUGUUCAUUGCCCUCCUCAUCUUGUUCAUUCUCAGCACACUUGUAGUUGACUUCAUUGAUGAAGGAAGGUUGGUGUUAGAAUUUGAUCUCCUGGUCUACGCUUUUGGCAAAUUUUCUGUCGUCGCUCCUACUUGGCUCUACAUGUUCCUGUUUACCCUUGUUGUGCCUUAUGGGCUCUUUCUCCAUUGGGCCAAGGGCUACCCUGGUUCCAAUCACAAGAUCAUCCGCUCUAUCAUCUUUGGGUCUUUAUUCUUGAUGUUCCAGAUGGUUUGCCUUGGAUUGGUGCCUGUGUACAUUGCAUUGAGCUACGAGCUGCCACCAGCCUCUUGUUUCAUAGUCAUACUUGAGCAGGUGCGCCUGGUGAUGAAAUCCCAUUCUUACAUAAGGGAAAACGUUCCUCGGGUGAUUUCCUGUCCCCCUCAGAAAUCAAACUCUCUCCAGCUUCCUGAAGUUUCCCAGUACUUGUAUUUCCUCUUUGCUCCCACCCUUAUUUACAGAGAUCAUUAUCCCAGGACUCCUACAAGAAGAUGGAGCUAUGUAGCUACCAAGUUUGCACAGAUACUUGGCUCACUCUUUUAUGCUUACUACAUCUUUGUGCGACUUUGUAUUCCUACGUAUCGUAACUUUAGUCGGGAGAACUUCAAUCUACGAGGCUUAGUCCUUUGUAUCUUCAACUCUAUUCUUCCAGGUGUGUUGAUUCUGUUCCUGGUUUUCUUUGCGUUUCUUCACUGCUGGCUUAAUGCUUUCGCUGAGAUGUUGUGUUUUGCCGACAGAAUGUUCUAUAAGGAUUGGUGGAAUUCUACGUCCUUCUCAAACUAUUACCGAACCUGGAAUGUGGUGGUACAUGACUGGCUGUAUUACUAUGCAUACAGAGACUUCCUUUGGUUUUUUGGAGAAAAAUCUAAAGCUGCCGCUAUGCUCUCAGUCUUUACGGUUUCUGCUGCUGUACACGAGUAUGUCCUGGGCGUCUGCUUUGGUUACUUCUAUCCAGUCCUCUUUUGCCUCUUCAUGUGUUUUGGAAUGGUUUUCAACUUCAUUCUCCAUGAUCGCCGGAAAGGCCCAAUCUGGAAUGUCAUUAUGUGGACUUUACUCUUCCUCGGCCAGGGGGUCAUUAUUUGCCUUUAUACCCAGGAGUGGUAUGCCCAUCGAUACUGCCCUUUGAAAAACCCCACUUUCUUGGACUAUGUGAAACCACGUUCCUGGGCUUGCCAAGUCAAGAUCUGAAGUCAUUUGGGUUUGAGGCUGGAAGAUGUUCUUGAAAGCAAACAAACUUUGGGUACUCUUUAGUUUUGGCAAACAAUGGUAUUUUGUCACUCCAGGUAGCUAGGGCUGCUGGGGGCUCUCGGCUACUCCAACCUGAGCCAUUUCCAUGCUGGUCAUGAAUCCUGCUUUGAAGGAAUUUACAGGGAAGAUUUUUGACUACUGCAAACACUGGUCCAUAUAUCAAUGUUUUCUCUAUUAUUUCUGAAAAGGACAGUAUUGUGUGAUCUUGGUUAGUAUUGCUCAUCUGAAGACAUUUAUAUGUUUAUAGCAUAGUUUUACUUGUUGCUUCAGUAUGGUUAUACAGUGGAGUCAGAUGUCCCUGAAGCACAUGCAGAAGACUCCCAGAGAUUUUUCUCAUUUAGAUUGUGCCGAGGAAAAGAAAAUAAUAGUUGGAGUUUAUCUUGCAGUUUCUUGUAUUUUCUAAGCAGCAACACAGGUGAGAUUUUUACUAGUUCAUCUUGCUGGACAGCCAAGGUCACUGGCCAUUUGUAAGUGCAUUUAAGGGUUCCUAAACAGAACAGAAGCAAUAGAUGUGUGAAUCCCUUUUUGCAGAAACGGCCAUAAUGUAUGCACAUGAUUUUGAUUGACCCGUCCAUAAUUUUUUUUUUUAAUUUGGGCUGCAACAGAUAUUUGUAGAAAUGUUUCAUUGGCUUACGAUGAAUAGAAUCAGUCAGCUUCCAAGACUGAAUAUUCUGAAGGAUGUUUCUGUCUUUAUGUAUAAUGUAUUGUGGAAGGUAUACUUGAGGUUUCUUUUGCUGUUUGUACGUUUUAUUCCUUCUUUUUGAAUAAUAACAAUAAUAACAGUCAUCAUAAUAAAAAAUAUUUGAUGAUUGAAUGUAUCUUUCAGGGACUUCCUUUCGAUGAUUAGUCUCUAAUAAUAUCGGCAGCAAGAACUACCAAGCUCAUCCAUCUUCUGGUUUUUAAUCUGGUAAAACGGGCAUGAGAGUAAAUGCUAACAUUAAACUGUAACUUGAAAGUAUAGGUCUGUUGGACUGUGAGUAGAUUCCAUUCUUUGUGCUGUCAAGGGAUAGCUAGCAAUCUUGUGUCCUGCAUUACAAUACAGAGAGAGCCCUGUUUUCUGGAAGAUUGUUUGUAAAUCCUUGGGCCAUUUUCUAUAAUAAAAAUGAGCCCAUUUGGUACACUAAAGGUUGUAUUUCCCCGAGAACCUACUCUCUAUAACAAAAGGCCAAAGGAAAUACGUUUAUGCAAUUGAUAGGACCUGAGAAAGUUACUUUUUAGAUUGCAUAUUCCAGAUUCAGGGCCCUUCCACACAGCCAUAUAAACCAAGAAUGUCAAGGCAGAUUAUCCUCAGUAUCUGCUUCGAACUGGGUUAUCUGAAUCUACACUGCCAUAUAAUCCAAUUCAAUGUGGGUUUUAUAGGUUUUAUAAAGGGAGAUCUAAUCCAAAGGUAUUAACUUCAAAUCACUGCAAUAACUUUGCAUCCUUAAAAGUAAGUUGCAGCUGGGGAGCUCCUGAUCUCUGAUGUAAAAGAAGAGGGCUUUUUCCCCACUGUGGUCCCAUUCAGGGGAUCUUGAACAGCUAGUUGCAUUAAAAGUAAUGCUCCCAUUGUUGAAAUAUCAUGAUAUUGAUAGUCUGACCCCAUAUAACCUUUACAUCAGUGACUGCCAUACUUUGAUCCUCCAUGUGUUUUGGAUUCCAUCUCCCAGAAUCUGACUGCUGGUCAAAUUGGCUGUGUGGUGUUUUUCAAAUUCUAGGUGCAGACAACUUUACUGUCAUUUUAAGAACUAAUAUUGUCAUGUCAUGUUGCUUAAUUGAGGCACACUGACAUAGUAUAGGAAAAAAUGGUAAGUUCUGGUGCUGCAGGAAAAAAUACUAAGUGUGCUUGUUUUAAUUACUACAGUGGUAUGAGCAACAAACUAGGAUUUCAAGAAAGAAGUAUUGCAGUAACACUGAGGCCCCUUUUUACACUGCCAGAUAUUCCAGGUUAUCAAAGCAGAAAAUCCACAUCUGAUUUGAACUGGAUUAUCUUAGUCUAUACUGCCAUAUAACCCAGUUCAAAGCAGAUAAUGUGGAUUUUAUACAUAUGUGUAGAAAGGACAACCAAAAUGGGGUUUCUUUUGAGAAAUGCACUCACACCUGCCCUGGGAUUUCGAACUAAAUUUUAUCCUUUGUAAUUCAUAGAAGAUGGUAGUUCAGAGUACAUUUAAAGUUUUAAAAAUUGAAGCAAUAUUACAGAUGAGAGAAAAUGGCAUGUUUCCCAUUUUCAUAAGUAUUUGCUAACUGAAUCUGAUUUUUCCUACAGAAUAGCAAUAUUUAUAUUUUAAAUCACUGAAUUGUAUUUUUAAUGGGAGAUUCAGCAUGGUGUAGUCGGGUUUGAGUACUAGACUACAACUGGAGACCAGGGUUCAAAUCCUUGCUCAGCCAUGACAACCUACUGGCUGACUUUGGGCAAAUCUUGCCAAGAAAUGCCAUGAUAACUUGCCUUAGGCUUGCCAUCAUUCAAAAUGGCAUGCUAUCAGUGCUAUUAAUGAAGCAGAUAAUUUCUGGAUAAAUCAGUAAAUUGUUAAAAUGAUCUUAUACUUUAUCAAAUCAGUGGGCUUUUUAAAGCACACAGUUUUAAUUUUGCUACUUCCAAACAAAAUCAAUUAAACUAGCAUCUUAUGCUAGCAAUUAGUAAGCGAACACAGUAGGGCCAAAUAUACCUCCCUGCUAAAGUACUAUAGACAACAGAGAUGGGUAAAGCAAGUCCAGAGUGGUGCCUGUGGCAAACAAUCAGACUGUGAAUCCACCAGGCACCAGCUCAGAGAAAACACAUAGCAGUGAUUCUGAAUUGUAUUAAACAAAUAGAAAUCUGUUGCUUUUAAAAUCCCCUUUCCUUUGAUAUUGUAUAUUUUGUAAGUUGUAGGGAAAAUAAUUAAUAAUUGGACGACAAAGUGCAUAAUCUGGUUAACUUGAACCUUUGGCUAUUUACCAUAUGUUUCUGUAUUUAUUUGGCAUAGAUGUGUCAUUAAUCAGUGCAAUUUGGUUAAUUUUUCUGAAUGAUAGAAGAUUAAAUUCGUAAAUUAUGAACAGUAUUUGAAAUAUGUCCUGAGUCAGUAUAGUCUUUCCACUAUCCCUAGCUGUAUUUUAAAAGUACACCAAAACAGCUUUGGAAAAGGAUGAGGAGUGACCUUUGGCCAACACCUUGUGUAAUCUCCAAAUGAUCUCAUAAAGUACACACAGAUGAACAAAUACCCACUGCUUGUAAAGUCUGUUUGCCUAUAGUUGCAGGUUCUUUAUAAAGCUGCGACCCUUAACAUGUGCUUUAUCUAUGGUUAGAAAGGCUACAAACAGCAUACUUGCAUCUUUGUAGAACUGCUAAACCAGUGUCAAUAUGGUGAAAUGGUCCAUUCCGUAGCCCUUUUGAUGAUGUGAGCUUCGUGUAUAUGAAGGUAUAGUAUAUGUUUUCAUAAAAUGGUCUUUGAACCAUCAAAUAACUUCCACACACGAAUCUACUGCAUUAGAAUAACAUUUAAUAGCUUAUUAAAUCAGUCCAGUUUUUGGUGGAGAAAUACUUGUAUUCUGUCCUUUGGUUCUGAAUUUCUGAGUGUAAACUCAGUAGCAGGACAUAACUUUUUAAUAUAUCUUAUGUGCCAAAAAUAUGCCCAAUUUGAUCAGCUGCAAGGCACUCUGUUAGACCAAGCAUUCUAAAACCGUAGCCCUCCAGCUGUUUGAGUCUCUAACUCCCAGAAACCCUUGCCAGCUUGUUCAAUGGUCAGGAAUUCUGGGAGUUGGAGGCCUAAACAGCUGGAGGGCCGCAGUUUGAAGAUGCCUGUAUUAGAUGGAGCAUUGAUAGACGGGGCUGCUGGAAUCACUCAGCAAAUAAUAGGUGCUCUAACUUCCAUUUUACUCAAAGUGAGUAACGGAAAUAUUUAGGGGUGCCAGUGAAAGGAAGUAGAAUAGAGAUGGCAUUGGAGUAGGAGCCCUGAAGUUGCAGGAUAUGUGUAACAUUACAAGAAGGAAGGUUGACCAUUGUCUUAAGUAAUUCCGAAAUGUAUUGAAUUGUAUGUUGUAACAUGUUCUGUUCAAAGGUUUAUAUGAUCUAUAUUGUACUAUAGAAAAUUGAAAUAUAUUUUGCUAUCUCCGAA